AGGGAAAGAAACGAAAAGUAGAAAAAAAAGAAGAAAAAAAAGAAAUGAGGCUCAUCUAGGACUUAAGUUCUAAGUUCACUGUGAGUAAAAAGUUUCUUUGGUUUAGAAGAAUUGCUAGUCAAACGUGAAAGAAAGAGUGACAUACAGACAGGCCACUUCAAGCUGAAAGGAAAUUGAAAUUAUGCAGGGAAAAGCUGUUACAGUGCUGGGUCCAGUCGAACCCGAGAGCUUGGGUUUAACGUUAACCCACGAACAUUUACUCCAUGAUUUGAAAUUAUCUGUGUUCAAGCAACCAGUACCUAAUCGUAUAGAACAUGCUACAAAUAUUUCCUUGUUCAGCCUGGAGAAUUUAGGCUAUAUCCGACAAUAUCCUUAUUGCUACGACUUUAACAUCGAAUUCAACAGCGUUGGUGACGCCAUCAAAGAGGAGAUGGACUACUUCAAGAGCAAUGGAGGGGGCACAAUUGUCGACAAUUGUUCCAUCGGAUUGAGGGCAAAUGGUCAGGCAGAUUAUUUGGAAGAACUGUCUCAAUCGACUGGGGUCAAGAUUGUAGCUGGAUCAGGUGAUCGUUACCUUUAUAGUUUGUUUAUUAUCUUUUAGCUAUUUAAAUUUUUAAUUAUGAACUAUCUAUUCAUAUUAUUAGCAAGUUGAAUGCCAUGGAGGUCACCGGUGACCGGCGAUGCCAAGAUUAUUAGAAACACGUAAUUCGAGUAAAUUUUUAAUAUUAUUAUCGGAUUGAGGGCAAAUGGUCGGGCAGAUUAUUUGGAAGAACUGUCCCAAUCGACUGGGGUUCAAGAUUGUAGCUGGAUCAGGUGAUCGUUACUUUUAUAGUUUGUUUAUUACCUUUUAGCUAUUUAAAUUUUUAAUUAUGAACUAUCUAUUCAUAUUAUUAACAAGUUGAAUGCCAUGGAGGUCACCGGUGACCGGCGAUGCCAAGAUUAUUAGAAACACAUAAUUCGAGUAAAUUCUUAAUAUUAUUAU